GGGCUGGCCGGGCAGGAGGAGCUGCUGCGCCUGGUGCGGCCGCCCUACUCCUACUCGGCGCUCAUCGCCAUGGCCAUCCAGAGCGCGCCCGGCCGCCGGCUCACGCUCAGCCGCAUCUACCAGUACGUGACCGAGAACUUCCCCUUCUACAAGCGCAGCAAGGCGGGCUGGCAGAACAGCAUCCGCCACAACCUCUCCCUCAACGACUGCUUCCGCAAGGUGCCCCGCGACGAGGACGACCCGGGGAAGGGAAACUACUGGACUUUAGACCCAAACUGCGAGAAGAUGUUUGACAAUGGGAAUUUCCGUCGCAAGCGGAAGCGACGCUCUGAGCCCAACGCUGCUGCAGUGACCUCCACUGCCCCGUCUUUGGCGGGGGUGAAGGCUGAGGAAGAGCCUUCUCUCAUAGCUGCUGCAGGCAAGCUCUGCGGAAACAGCCCAUCCCCAGAGCUGGAGCCAUCACCUCCUGCCAGGGACCAUCCAAAAAGCUCCUCGUCCCCUGGCAUCAUCUCAUCCACCCCGAGUUGCCUCAGCAGCUUCUUCAGUGGCAUGAGCUCACUGAGUGGCGGAGGAAAUCGUCUCAUGGGCAGCCUGGGCAGCGAGCUGCAUCACAGGAACUUCUCUGCUGGACAGCUGAGCAGCGGCUCCUUCCCAGGCUCCGGGCAUGCCUCCCAGGAGGUGCCUCCGGCGGAACAGCUGCAGCGCGGUCCAGGGCCCUCUGCGGCCUACUACAGCUCCUUCCAUCCGGGCAGCAGCAGCCAGGGCACCCAGUACAACCAUUACUACAACUUCACAGUUAACAGCCUCAUCUACACCCGGGACGGAACAGAGGUGUAGGAUGCUGGGCGGUCAGCAUGGAGAAUGAGACUAAAGGGGAAGGGGAGAGAGGCAAGUUAUUGGACAGCAGAGUGCCAUGUGCUUUUACAAACUGCAUUGCAAGCAGGAUGCUUACAGUGUGUUUUCCCAGAAAGAAAACCGUAGGAUGUAUUACACACACCUGCAUGCACGCAUACACACACACACACACACACACACACACACACACACACACACACACACACACACACCAGCAGAUGCAAAGUACACCUGCAUACCCCAUAAAAGUCAUUCCUUAACAGAGAAUGCCUGUUUACUGCUGAAUUCUGCAAAGGAUAACUAACUGGAUGAGUGUCUUCAGAAGUUUUCAAGAAGUGCCUUGUAGAAUGUAAGAAGUCAAAAAAAAAAAAAAAAGCACCCUUUAUCAAUGACUACCUUUUCUGUCCUGUUUUUGUGUCAGACAGUGCCUGGGCAGGUGAUGCUCCCAGUUGAAUAUAGGGGAGCUCCACCCCAGUUUGCCCAUGCAUUGUAUGCAACAGGAUUGUUUUGCAAAGCAUUCAUUUUCUUUAAGCCUAGUACCAAAGACAAAAUCUAGCCAGCCAACUUUAGCAAGAAAAUAAACACCAGAUAUUUUUAUAUGUAUUUGUAUGUAAUGGACUCUGCUAUAUAUAC